AUGCCAAUCCUGAAGAGCCUGGGGGUGGGCGACCCUAAGGUGCCGAGAGCAGGGACUCUGCCCCUGCGGUCCUCUCGCAACCCCUUUGAAGACACUCCAACGCUGGAAGAAGAGGAUGGGGAGCUGGGGACACUGCCCAAUGGGACAUCGUGCCGCCGCCGGGCCACACUGGAGAAGCUGGCUGGUCUGGCCCCCUUCCGGCUGGGCUGGACUUCAGGCCGGCGGGCAGGCAGCCCCGGGGACCGGCAGGUCCGCUCUUUCUUGGGCCGCGUGCUGGCACCGGGCAUACGGAGGAGCUCAGCAGAUUUCGGCCUCUUAAACCGGCUUCAGGGGUUCCGAACCCAUGGCGACGAGGAGCCAGCUGGGGAAGCCGCUCGAAGACUGGCUUUCCUGAGACUCGGACGUGGGCCCAAGCCCAGGCGGGCAUCCCUGGCAGAGAGACUGGUGCCUGCAGGCGAGGCAGCCCCUGAGCCCCCACCCAAAGUCCCGGAGCCGCCCAAAAUAAAGGAACCACUGUCAGUGCUGGAGAUCCUGGGCCUGAUCCAGAGGCGCGAGCUGGCGCGAGCGGACGAGCACAUCCUGGAGCUGGAGGCGGAGGCGCCCGCGGAGGCUGAGGCCGGCGCGGGGCGGCGCGCGCGGGACGUGGCGCUGCUGUACGAGGCGCUGCAGCGCGAGCUCUGGGCGCUGGUGCGCGAGUCGCUGGCGGCCCCGGGACCCGGCACGGGCGCGGUGGCGCAGCUGGGCCUCGUGCUGCUGCAGGAGGAGGAGGCGGACGCGCGCCGCGGCCCCGGGGCGGCCCGCAAGCUGCGCGCGCACUGGGCCGAGGCGGUGGCGCGCGCGGCGCGCGAACGGCUGGAGGAGGCGGCGGCCCCGGGCGCGCGCGGGGCGCUGUCUGGGCAGCUGGAGGCGCUACGCGCGCGCCUGCUGGAAGACGUGGCCGCUGUGCGUGGACGCCUGGCGCCCGCCUACCCUGCAGGGCUGCGCGCCGGUGCUGUGUACCUGCGCGGCUACCACGAGGCGCUGGCCGAGUGGCUCGGCGCGGCCGCGCGCCGCAGGCUCCCUCUGGCCGAUCGUUACGCAUUGCUGCACUGGCACAAUCAGGUGUACCCCAGGGAGAUCCUGGGCCUGGUAGACCUGGUUGCCUUGGAGAACGGGGAGCUGGGGCCCCUCCUGUCUGCUGGCACCCUGCGAGGUCUGGAAGAUGAAUGUGUCACAGAUGUGAAGGCUCAGACCCGAGCAGCCCUUCUUCGAGUGUUGCAGGAAGAUGAGGAGCAGUGGGGCAGCAUGGACUACCGACCCAGCAAUCUAGCCCAGGAUGUUUGUGAGCUGCUAGAAGAGCACACAGAGCGAGCACCGCACAUCAGUCAGGAGUUCGUGGAGAGGAUGGCCUACUGCUGCCUGGGAGGGCUGGCGGAGUUCCUGCAGAGCUUCCAGCAACGAGUGGAGCGAUUUCCACGAGAACCCAGGGUCCGCGAGCUGCCCUCCACCUACAUCAGCAGGACGAUCUCGAUGGUCAACUGUGGGCCCCCCUGAGCCUUUGGUCUUCACAGGUCUCUGGCUGAGCGACUGGCCAGGGUGGGGCCCCCUGAAAGUGAACCGGCCCGGGAAGCUUCAGCCAUCGCUCUGGACCGUGUGACCCGACUCUGCCAUCGUGUUCUUGCUGAAUUGUUGUUCCAGGAACUACAGCCUCAUUUCAACAAGCUGAUGCGCAGGAAGUGGCUUAGCAGCUCGGAAGCUCUGGAUGGCAUCGUGGGCACGCUCGGCGCCCAGGCCCUGGCCCUGCGCAGGAUGCAGGAUGAACCAUACCAGGUUCUGGUGGCUGAGCUGCACCGGCGGGCGCUGGUGGAGUACGUGCGGCCACUGCUCCGCGGGCGCCUGCGCUGUCGUUCUGCGAGGACCCGCAGCCGCAUGGCCGGGAGGCUCCGUGAGGACGCGGCACAGCUGCAGCGGUUGUUUCGGCGGCUGGAGUCCCAGGCUUAUUGGCUUGACCAGGUGGUGCCACACUUGGCCGAGAUCCUGCAGUUGGAGGACACUCCGAGCAUCCAGGUGGAGGUCGGGGUGCUGGUGCGGGACUACCCAGACAUCAGGCGGAAGCAUGUGGCAGCCCUCCUUGACAUCAGAGGUCUUCGAAACACAGCUGCCCGUCAGGAGAUCCUGGCGGUGGCCCGGGACCUGGAACUAUCUGAAGGUGGUGCCCUAUCACCCUCUAGGGACCGUGCCUUCUUUGCCGACAUCCCUGUGCCCCGCACAUCUUUCUGCCUCGGCCUCCCUCUCUUCUUGGGACGCCUCCCAGUGUCCCGGCUGGCCAGGCCCAAUCUGGCUUGUCUGCCCCUGCGGCCUCGUCCUCCAUCACCAGUUAGAGCCCGAGCCGAUCGCUGAGGGGCCCAGUGCCCAUGUUGCUGCUGAUACACCCUCCUCCCUUCCACGUGAUUCCCUGCCUGAGACACCGAUCUCUGAGAUGGGAGGGUCCUUAGAUAUCCCACCCAGCCCGGAGCAUCCCCUCCAGAAGGGAAACUGAGGCCAGAACGAGCAAAGAGUUCCCCAAGGCUUCCAGGGUCAUUCCCGCACCCUCCGCCCUCAUACGCCAGCAUGGCGAGGAGCCUUCUGGAAGGCUCUACAGAAAUAUCCCAGCCCCACCUCCUUUCCCCUCACCUCAAGGUCUGGCCCCAAUCCAACGUAUUAAGGAAUGGUAGAUACUUAGAAUAAAGAGGUUUUUAUUUAA